CUUUAUGGUCGCCCAGCGAUUACAAUAAUGACUAGCUCUGUUUUCUUCCUUAAAAAGGAUGCCACAUUUUGAAGAUACAUUUGCAAUGGAGUUCUCUAAUAGCAACAGCGAACUGAGGCUACUGGAUAAGAAGACAAGUCCUAACCGGAAGAUCGAACCUAUGGGUGCAGCGCCUGAACUAAAAUUUGAUGCCUUGUGGAUUUUGAGGUGGCCAUUAGAAGACAUAACUAGUUAUUACAACAACCUCAUAUCGUUCGACGAAGCAGAUCCUAAUUCGAUCAGCGUCGAAAUUUCUUCCAGUAAAGAGAACUUAGGUCCUAAUUCAGUUCAGCCGGUCUGCAGUCAAGAAAGUGUCAUCAAAAAUAGCAGUGAAGCAAAGAUUAUUACGGGAGAAGUUUCCAAGGGGAAUGCUUUGAGAAAAGGAUUUAGAUAAAUUUGAUGAUUAUCCUUUAUAGCACCAAGCAUAUGAUGUUUAGUUACAUUUUGGAUUGAGUUCAUAUCUUCAUGUUGUUGACAACAUUUUAUUAUUGUACCAAUUUAGUGUGUAACUG